UUUUUAGCACAUCACUUUGUAACUUGUACCCGGAUCACUGUCUUAUCUUUUGAUGGAUUUUGUAAUAAAGUUUAUGCUUAUCUUUGUUCUAGCUCUAACUGUGUCAUCGUCCCUGGAGUCUGUUGUAGGAGCUAGACAUGGGCAAUGGUCUAAAGAGAAGAAACAAAACUCGUGGGCAUCAGAGGAUCUUGUUAGUGACUUGCCAGGCCAGCCUAAAGUAGACUUCCGGCACUAUGCUGGGUACGUGACGGUCAACCAAGAAAAAGGAAGGGCACUCUUCUACUGGUUCUAUGAGGCAUCAACUCUCCCUGACAAGAAGCCUUUGGUUCUGUGGCUUAAUGGAGGUCCUGGAUGCUCUUCUGUGGGAUAUGGAGCAACGCAAGAGAUUGGCCCAUUUAUUGUGGAUGAAGAUAGACAUGCCCUUAAACUUAAUCCUUAUGCAUGGAAUACAGAAGCCAAUAUGUUGUUCCUGGAAUCCCCAAUUGGCGUCGGCUUUUCCUAUUCUAAUACAUCUACGGACUAUGAUACUCUUGGAGAUGACUUUACAGCAAAUGAUGCUUAUGCUUUCCUGCAUAAUUGGUUCCUCAAGUUCCCGUCCUAUAAAACACAGAAGUUCUACGUGGCAGGGGAGAGCUAUGCAGGAAAAUAUGUGCCAGAGUUGGCUGAGCUCAUUCAUGAAAAGAACAAAGACCCAUCACUAUUUAUUGAUCUGAGGGGCAUAUUGCUGGGUAAUCCUGAAACAUGUGAUGCUGAGGACUGGAAAGGCCUUGUUGACUAUGCUUGGAGCCAUGCUGUGGUAUCAGAUGAGACUCAUAAAAUUGUUGGAGAGUCCUGUGAUUUCAGCAGUAACGAUCCAUGGAGCAAUAAAGAUUGUAGUGACGCUGUUGGCGAAGUACUGAGACAGUACAAGGAGAUAGACAUCUUCAGCCUUUAUACUUCAAUCUGCAUUAGCAAUUCAACAAGCUCAGACCAGACAUCAUUGCAAGUAAUGUUUAGGAGCACAUCUACGCUGAUGCCAAGAAUCAUGGGUGGUUUUGACCCAUGCCUUGAUGGCUACGCGACAAGUUACUACAACAGACCCGAGGUGCAGAGGGCCCUCCAUGUCAGUAAUGGUCUCCACCUCAAAAACUGGAGCAUAUGCAAUAUGACAGUAUUUGAUAACUGGUUCGAUUCAAAGGAGUCUGUUCUUCCCAUAUACCGUAAACUAAUUGCUGCAGGCCUUAGAAUAUGGGUGUACAGUGGUGACACAGAUGGAAGGGUCCCUGUACUAUCCACAAGAUACAGCUUAAGCUCCUUGGGACUGCCCAUCAAGAGGCCAUGGAGGCCCUGGUACCACAAUAAGCAGGUUGCUGGUUGGCUCCAAGAAUACGAGGGGCUCACAUAUGCAACAUUCAGAGGAGCUGGACACGACGUUCCCACCUUCAAACCAAGUGAGUCGCUCGCUUUCUUCUCAUCCUUCCUUCAGGGGGAAUCUCCGCCUUCUGAACGUGCUAAAUCAGCACCAUAAAAAGAGUCGUCCAAGUAGCUGAUCCAAAGAGUUUGAUGAGCUCCCAGUAGGCUUGAUGUAGCAGUAGACAGUAGUUGAAGAUCAAUAAGGUAUUUGGGGCAUGAAUGCGUAAUGUUUGGUCCUGUACUAAGAAAGAACAGAUCUUUAAGGGUGGGUAUGAACACCUGACCAAAAGAAUGUUUGGUUCCUGAGAAAACAAAGGAGAAUAAAUUCAUAUCUAUGUAGUUGAAUCCUACUCUGCCCUGUAUUUCACAAUCUUGAGUUCUUUUCCUCUUCCUUGCAUGCAAUACAAUACAAGAUUCAUAAAGGUGUUUGGGGUAGAAAA